AUGAGUGAGGGAUCAGCCUUAUACAGUUUGCUCCCUCUAGGAAAACCGGUUUCCUUUUCUGUUUCAAGAGAGGGCAGGUUACCAAUCAAUGAUAUCGACGUGACUCUUCCGUUCUCUCUUGAGCGCAGUGAACUCUACAUGCUUUGGUUCAAGAAUGUUGUUUGGAAUUGCUUCAGGUAUUCAUUCCGUUUGGAGAGACUGUACUUCAUUACAUACAUGUACGACCCUGAGAAAGCUGAAAAAUUACUUGAAAAUGAGAAGGAGGAGGAUGCAAGAAUGAUAAGGGACAACGUUGAUUCUCUCUGUCUGUCACUUUUGGAAUCAUUUUUGGGCAUGUUCCAUGACCACACCGAAGGUCUCGAAGGCAUGAAAAAGUUCCAUGACGAGAUGUGUAAGGGUGACCUUCUCAACUGUGAAUCUAUCUACUCCUUCUUUGCGAGACAUGUUUUUGACAGAUUCAACAACCUCGGUUGCAACGCCGCCUUACAGUGUUACUACCACAUCAAUAAAGUUUACGGCUUCACCUUCGAGGAACAGUUUGGAAUGCUGGCAAUGGCUCAAUUCCCUGACAAAAGUGAAUAUAUCACUAGGCUGAUUCUUGAAGGGAUGGGUGUCAAGUCUGUGGACUGGAAGAAGAGACUCUAUGACAUUCAUAUUGGUCGCGAGAGGCUAGUGGCACAUUUUGACUACCACCUGCUUGGAGAGACUCGUGAGCAGAUUCUCGCCGAGUACAUCCAAAAAUACAAGUCUCACCUUGACGAUUUCCUUUCGAAAAAGUAUGUCGACCAGUCUCUCCUCCUAGGCUUCAACGCCGUGGUCCAGUCCAAGUUUUCCCAGUGGAUCCAGGACGACGUGGCCCGGUACCACGAAAAACAGCAUUCCGGCGCCACCCCGCAAAACCAGGAUGCCGAGUUUGUGCUGGUUGAGCUUUUGGAGAUACUAUGGGGUAAGUUCUUGCACCCCAUCGUGAAGUUCUACCAACGCCAGCAUGCCGAUUUGUACUUGCAGUCGGCAGACACACUCAAGGACAAGAAAAAGGGGAACUUCAAGAUUGUGGAAAUGAGAAAGUUGAACGAGACGUUUACCAAGUUCGUCAAAUCCUCCACUGCAGCAUACAGAUCCAUUCUCCAGCAUAUGAUGGCAUCUUACGAAAACCCAUUAUUACCGAAAAACUACCUUGCCGAUUUGGAUAUUGCCACCGGCGCAGGCAAAAAGUGCUCGAAUUCCGAUUUCAACGCAAACCUUACCUUCAUCCUCUACCACUGUUUGUUGGGAUUGGGUAACUUGAAUAGACACUCGGCCACCAUCACCGUCACAUACGUUGAUCCUUGCAAGUCAGUGAACGCCUACUACAGACACUUGAAACAGCAGGACAAAAACCCCAAUUCUCUCAAGCAUUACGAGCCUGCGUUGCAGUGCUACCAUAAGUGCAUUGGUUUGCUUCCGGCGCUCAAUGAGCCUUAUAACCACAUUGGUGUGAUUUACAAUAGCGCCAAUGCCAAGUUUGACGCUACCUUGUGGUUUUUGCGUUCUCAGUUUACGAGAAUACCGAACUACGUGGUUGGUAAGGUUAACCUUGCGACGAUAUUCAAGAAGCAGUGGCUUGAGGGAGCCUAUACUUCAAUCAAGCUGAAACAUCCUCGUCAAAUGAACGAGGAGGAUAUCAACAUCUGGCUUCUACGCAUUUUGGCCCAGAUUUUCUUUUCUUCUUUCUACAAGCGUCCGCUCAAUGUCGAAACAGCAGAGAAGGAGAUUAUCGGGGUGUUGUUCUGCAACCCUGAAACGACUCAGUUUGUUAAGAAUCCGGAAUUCAUCAAGGAGCACUUGACUGUUUUGAUUUGCUUCUUCUGCUGGGCCGAGGCCGAAAACAGCCAAUCUGCUAAGAAAAAGAUUGGUUACCUUUUCGUCAACUACCUUAAUGCUUAUCUCAGAGACGUUGCCGAAUUGAAGCACAACAAGGACGUUCACCUCCCGAACUUGCGUUUCAUCUUGGCUUUCCUCAGAAAGCAAACAGGCCUUCUCAGCUUCGAUCGUGGUGAAUUGAACCAUUCCGUUGCAAAGGCCGUGAAUGCUAUCGUUCUUAACGAUCUGGAAAAACAAGCUCACAGACUCGCUAUUCUUUCAGACGCCUAUCUUGCUCAGGACCUUCCGACUCGUACACACUACUUUGCUGAAGAUGUCAACUUCAAGGACUUUGGCCCAAUUGGGUUCCAGUUCAAGGACUUCCAGGACACGAGAUUGUUUUCCAGUGACUAUGUUGGACCACUAUUUGGUGGUGAGUAUUUCAGCAAGGCCCAGGGCAUUCCCUUGUUCUUGGACAACUACGCUGUUCAGCAGAUUGACAAGGAAUUUGAGCUCAAUAGCGAAAAUCUCGAUACUGAGAGCAAGAGAAAGCUUAAGGCUGAGCUUAUAGCACAGGCAUCCGAAUCGCUCGAGAACGAUAUGAGAUUUUGCGCUAUUGCCAAGCAGGUCAGCAACAACUUCAACGAUUUGACCCUCGAUGAAUACUCUCAUUUGCUUCAGGUCAAGGUGGAGGUUUCGGCCACGCCGAAUGUGAAGGGUAUCAAGAAGAAGUCACCCAAACCAAAAGCUGAAAAGAAGGCGGAGAAGAAGAAGGAUUACGCCUCGAUCAUCAGAGAGGGUCCCAAAAAGCCAGAGGAAUCAAAGAAGUUACCCAAGAAGCCAGUCGAGGAGGAUAACGAGGUGCAAGUUGCCAACCUGUCUACCGAGAUAUCCACCUCCAAUGUGGCACCUUCUUCUAUUGAGGAAAUAGAACUGAUGAUUGCAGGCCAUGCCCAGUCGUUCAGACAGCAGAAUGGUUCCGGUGGAAUUGACACCGAAGCGGGUCUUUCUGAUAUGGUCAACUCCAUCAUCAACGAUACCUACCAGGACAAGUCCAACGACGUUGUCAUUCCAGAUUCUCAGGACAGCCUGGGUGCACUCAGAACGUCAACGCAGGAGCCUGUGGAUGCCACACACCAAAUUCAGGCAGCUUCUACCCAACAAGGCUUUUCUCAGCAAUUGCAUCAAGGAAGUCCACAGGUCCAGGGCCACGAGUUCCUGAUGAGUCAGCCUAUGAUGCCGCCAAUGGGCCAGACUCCUCAAUUAGGCUACUCCAUGGCGCAAAGCCAGUUUCUUCAAGGCCCAGCACAGCCUUUUGGAUACCCACAGGGCUACGGCAUGCCUGUUUACCCUGGAAUGGCGCCACCUCCACCUCCCCAAGCUACACAGAUGCCUGGUUCAUCCCAGGUUCCUGAUUUCCAACAGUAUGCCAGUAUCUACGGUCAGCCGCCUGGAGGAUUCGGAAUGUACGGGCCUCAGGGUCCUUGGAACCGCCAGGCGCCAUGGAAUUACUACGGCAGCAGUUCCCAGAGCAGCCAGAACUUUGGAUCUAGUCAGUAG